GGCCAUUUUUGCAGUACAGAUAUUGACUAUAUGAGCGAAGCGUACAUACUAUUCGUAUUGCGAGACCUCACUCGUAUAUCAAAUCAAAAUUUUUUGCUCAUCUUGCAAAACAUUCGCAAACCAGGUUACUCACAAUCCAAGGUUCCACUGUACUAAUGUGUAAAUAGAGCUCUAAUGUUGCAGAUGGUAAAGGUGGCUAAUUUUAACUACUAUUAUACCAUUUGUUAGUUAAAUUUUGUAUCAAUAAUAAGAUAAGAUAUAUGACCUUUUGUUUGCUUUGGAGAGACUGACUUAUAUUGUUAAAGGAAAAUAUAAUUACAGCUGUAAAAUAAAUCAAAUUGAGUAAAAAGAUGCAUAAAAAUUAAAACUGAGCUCUGUUGAAUUUGAAACAUGAUACCACAGUAUUUUAUGCAUAAGAGGAAUCCUUCUCAUUGGCCUGAAAAUGUUACUGAGGUGUGUUUGUUGUGGUUACUGGUUGAUUGUUCUCCAGCGUUCAUAUCCACCAUCAGUUGUGCAUUCAUUGUUUUGAUCAGGACAUUUUCUGUUGGAUGAAGGCCUCAAAAAAGACAAAUUCACUCAGCAGACCUGCAGCUAUAAAGCUUCAGAAGGAUGAAUAUAGCCUCCCAUCCCAUGAUGCCCUGGCACAGAUCCUACCAGAUACCUGGCACACUGUGACUGGAGCAGAAACUGAGCUCCAAAAUGCAGGAACAACAGCAAAGAGAUCAGAGGCUACACAGGCUAACAAACCCAACAUAAACCAGACAUAUCAAAUAAGUCAUCCAAACAAAAGACCCCCUCUGCAUGACUUUGAGGAUGAUCCCCAUGUGACAGAGAUCACUGAUCUGCAAACUAAGGAGGUUGAAAGCUAUCGUUCAGCCAUGAGUAAGAUGGCCGAUGACAUCAUAGCACUGAGGACACAGAUAGUGACUCUGGAGGCAGAAAACAGCCAGCUCCGCAGUGAUCUGUCUCUGCACCGGAACCUUGGCCAAGAUCUGCUGGAUGACACAGACAUUGACGUUAUGACCAAGGCUGAGAUUUCUGACCAUAUCGUGUCUCUGAAAUUCAAGUUGGCCAGUGAGACCAGUAAGGCUGCCUCCCAAAGGGACAGGAUCCAACAGCUACAGAAUGAACUGAUCAAGAAGAAUGACAGUGAGAAGGAGCUACUAAAACUUAACAGAUUCCUCAAGCAGCAGCAGCAUCUACAGCACCAGCAGAGUCUCAUGGCAAAGACAGCAACUUUGGAGGUCACAAUGAAACAGCAGGAAAAGGUCAUUGCGAAGAUGGAGAAAGCUUUAGAUAGCAAACUCAGAGAGAAAGAUAGACAAAGUGGCAACAAGAGACUAGUGUGGAGAAAGUACAGAGGUGAGAAUGACCCCAAAAAGGAAGAGUUCAAGUCGGCCCUGGCAGCAGAAAACGCCCGUCUCAGAGAAGAGCUGGACAGGAUUCACCAGCAGCCCACCCCCAUUAUCAUACAGCAGUCAGCACAGACAAAAGAGGCAUUACCACUCAGUGAAACACUGAGUUUACUAAAUAAGCUGGAGAUGGCUGAGACAAGAGUCCAAACACUGGAGACUCAGCUAGAGGACAAUUCUAAAUUAUGGGGCAGACAGAAACAGGAAAUGCUGAACAAACUGAGCGAGCACAGGCAUGGCUUUGUCCGAACAGCCACCACAAUCCUUCAUAAUGUUUCUUCGAUGACUGUGUCAUAAUUUUAUCAACAAAGCAGACAGAGGAAGAAAAAACCUGAAAAACGACCUGCUACUGCACUAAAUAAUGUGAC